CGCCGUCGUUUUACCUGUACAGUUUAGUCGGCAUAUUAUCUUUACUCGUCCGGUUGACGUCGACACGGCCGUCGUAGAAAUUCACAACUAAUAUUGUAAUAAUUAUUAUACAUUUUAUUUUCAAAUUUUAAAUAUACCUUCUCCAUGCAUUCGUUGUUGGCCCGUGGAAACGCCGUGCUGGCGUACACGCUCAGCGUGCUGGUCACUUUGACGUUUGCGUGUUUCUUGUCAACCAUCACGAUCGACUACCGAAAAGAGACCGCUCUGAAAACUCUGAAAAUCGAAGUCAAAAACUUGCCCGAGUACGGAGUGGCCAAAAAGCUGAACGACUUGGGACAUAUCACGUUCAAUCUCGAUGCCAAUCUCACUAGUUUGUUCAACUGGAACGUCAAACAGCUGUUUAUAUACAUGACCGCCGAAUACGAAACGCCGACUAACGAACUCAACCAAGUCGUUUUGUGGGACAAGAUUAUCAAAAGAGGCGAAAACGCGGAUUUACAUUAUAAAAACAUGCGUACCAAGUACUAUUUUUGGGACGACGGCAACGGUCUUAAGGGUAACAAAAAUGUUACUUUGACUUUGUCGUACAACAUUAUUCCUAACGUCGGCAGACUUCCACUAGUUGGUUCUAUUGGAUCUCAUUCUUUCGGUUUCCCUUCAGAAUACACACGGUAAUGACGACAAGGUGUAGACGACGGUUCCUAAUUUUAUUAUAUUUUGUAAAAUAAAUGUUUGUUCUUUUUUUUUCUCUAAUUAUAUAAUAAUUUUACGAAUAUAUUAUACGGCAAGUCCGAAUUAUUGUGUUUGA